UACAGCAGCUGCUGGUGGCGCUGUGCGCGUGUCGCUCUCCCGUGUGCCUAGUGUUGUCUAACCAAAACAUAACGGGUUCGUGCUCGUGUUCGGUCGUCGGAUGUUUAUCAUCAUAACAAUAUAACACUGCAGUAUAUUAUUACAGUAACUGCUUGUGUUGAGUCCGUCGGUAGUUUUAACGAGCAACGUUUACGUUUCGGUUUAUUUACAUUUUAGUUUUUAGUAAAAUAUGCCGUGUGAACGUGUCCGGUAGCUGAUCGAUUAAGAGGUUUUGCUUUGCGACGGCUGUUAAAAAUUCUGGAUCCUAGUUGUGAUGAUAAUGUCCCUUUGCAUGGGGCAAAAGCGUCUGUGUCGAGCUGGGCGAUUGGCAUAGGUAUGUGUGUAAAAGGCGUUUGUGGUAGCUUUAUACACUAGUGUACCUUUUAAGGGGAUGGACUCUGAUCCGUUAAGUGGGCUGUCCGACUGUUCGUCCACUUCGGUCCGGUCAUCGUGGAGUAGUUCGGCUGCUGAAGAUAGUGAAGAAGAAUGGCGACAUCAGGUGGAUGAACUAAGAUGGUACAUAAAUCCACCUCCACCGGAUGCCAAACCGAAUAACGGGGUCGAUGCCUUGCGACACCUCACGAACAGCAGCAGAUAUGAGCUGUCCGAAUUGGAGAAGCGGGUUCUGGAAGCAGAGACCAGAGCUGUGGAAGCUGAAGGAAAGAUCCGUGUUAUGGAAGAACGUCUCCAAGCUGAAUGGAACACGCAAUUGCCGGAUCAAGCCGAAAAAGAGCAAGCCAUCAGCAAGCUGGCCACCCAAGUGGAAGAACAGCGUCAGCUGAGACUUCAGGACGCCAAAAUGGUAGAAGCCAAAGCGGCGCGCAUCAAAGAAUGGGUGACCAACAAAUUGAGAGACUUGGAAGCUCAAAACCAGCAUCUCCGCGAACAGAACCACAAGUGCAACCAACAGCUGGAGCUCUUGAGGCGGCACAUGGCACAGUUGAGCGCCGACAAAAUGGCUCAGUUAAGCACUGACAAAAUGGCAGUUAGCGCUUGUGCUGGUACUUCUUCGCCGCGAACCAGUACGGCUUCGUUGCACAGGGCCAACAGCACGGGUUCCACACAUGCCUUAUCCGACAACGAACCGGUCUACGCCCAAGUGGACCGACAUCAGAAAACUCGCACACCUGAUCGGUCCCAACGUACACACCGUCGGCAUAUGUCUGCUUGUGUCCAAGCGCCCCCAGUCGUGUCGACCAUAGACCCUGCAGUGUCGACUCACGAACAGUUAGCUAACGAAUGUAGUACAGUGGCGGCCACGGAGGCGCUCAACCUUAAUUCACUAAGACCAAAAUCAGUAUGUGUCGAAUCGGACAUUGCCCACGACUAUGCGGAGAUCUACACGCCUAGUAGGGAGACGUUGCCUUGGGACAAAACCAAUAAACCUCCGACGCCACCCUUGCACAGGUUUCCUUCCUGGGAAUCUCGCAUAUAUCAAGUGGCGAACGAAGGUUUAUCCACUGCCCCCGCCGGCCAUGUCGAACCUAAUGUUAACCAAACCCGAGGAGUCAACUCUCAAGGAUAUUGCAAUAUAAGCGUACCAGUUUACGCUACUGUCAAAGGGAGAGCCAGCCAAAUUCGAUCUAGUCCGUUUUCCGGCGAUUCCUCUGAUGAUUCUAGUGAUGGCGAAGGUGAACACAUCAACACGCAAAACACACACAGUAUGGCCACCCGGAUCACAAACAGCAGUAGCACCGAUAAUACAGACACUUCCCUAUCCAGUUCCAGUCCCAGUAAAAGCCACAAAACUGCCUCUACUUUCUCUCCUUUGAAACAAACUUCUUCAGGAUCGCCUUCCAAAAAUACAUCAAUGGAAUCCGGUAUAUCAGACGAUUAUGCAAUACCUCCUGACGCCAUGUCGUGCGGUGGAGAUUCAGCAGAAUGGUCGUCGUUAGUGCUGAGAUUAAAUCUCAAUGGCUCAGCUGUUGUUGCCGAUAGUCCAAGCCGAUGUGCUAAAACAGGGGUGCUCGACAAAUCUGGUCAUUUAGCCAAAUUAGGUGGAAAACUGAAGACUUGGAGAAGAAGGUACUUUGUACUGAACAAUGGCAAACUCCGUUAUUGGAAAACCCAAAAUGAUGUUUCUCGUAAACCUCAGCGAGAAAUAACCAUUGAUGACCUAUGCCGAAUUACUAGACAAGAUGGUGCAGCUACGUUUGAAAUAUCGACUAGCAAAAAGACUUUUUACCUCACUGCUGAUUCAAUUGCCGCCAUGGAAGAUUGGGUCAAAGUUUUACAAAACGUUCAAAGACACAAUGCGACUAAGUUACUUUUAAAUAAUGAAAACAAUAAACCAACGAUUCAAGGCUGGCUUACCAAAGUUAGAAAUGGUCAUGCAAAACGAUGUUGGUGUGUGCUUGUAGGGAAAACUUUCUUGUACUUCAAAUCUUCUACGGAUACUAGUGCUUUUGGUCAAAUCAAUAUGCGAGAUUGCCGUGUAGAGACCGUCGACCACGUUUCUGAUUCGGAUAGUGAAGAACGUGAUGCUAACCAACCCCCGACCAUAGCCCUACAUCCAUCACACCAAGGACCACCUACAUAUUUACUAAUGUCUUCUAAACAAGAAAAAGAUUCGUGGCUUUAUCAUCUCACUGUAGUUUCUGGAAGUGGAAAUCAAUCUGGAACCCAAUUUGAACAAAUUGUACAAAAGUUAAUGGAAGCUUCAGGCGAUCCAAACUGCGUAGUGUGGAAGCAUCCAAUUCUAUUACACUCCAAAGAAGCUAUAAGUAAUCCGCUGACUACUUUAUCUGCCGAAUCGUUACAAUAUGAAGCGAUUAAAUUAUUUAAAAGUUGUCAGUUGUUUAUGUCUGUGGCGAUUGAGAACGCUGGCAUCGAUUACCAUGUUGUUUUAGCACAAAACGCACUACAGUUGUGCCUUGACAACUGGGAACUGCAAGCGGAAUUACUGAGCGCUUUAAUCAAACAAACAUCUCGACAUGCCUCCCACAAACAUGGCGUCCAGCAACUCUUAUUAUGCGCCACACAGUCGCUGUUCACUUGCGAUGCUGCAUUGGCGUCUUCACCCACAAUCAGCACGACACAGUCUGUAGUCCCGGGAUCGCCAAGUCACAGUAUAACUGCUCCACCAAGUCCGGCUACCUCAUCAUUACUCGACCACUGCAAAGCGAAUCCUCCUAUGUAUGUGUUUGUCCAAGGGUGGCAAUUAUUAGCACUCGCUGUUUCGUUAUUCGUACCCAAAAAUACCAAAUUGCUGUGGUUCCUCAAAUUACAUUUAAAGCGAAACAUAGAUACUAAGACUGAAUGCGGAAAGUAUUCUGCAUAUUGUGAACGUGCACUGGAACGUACAAUAACGAAUGGUCCACGUGAAGUAAAACCGUCGAGGAUGGAAGUAUUGUCAAUUUUAUUGAAAAAUCCUUAUCAUCAUUCAUUACCGCAUUCCAUUCCUGUUCACCUGCUCAAUGGAACAUAUCAAGUCGUCGGCUUUGAUGGUUCAACAACAAUUGAAGAGUUUCUGUGCACACUUAAUCAAGAGACUGGUUGUCGUGAUAGUACCCAGUCGGGUUUUACUUUGUUCAGUGAUGACCCAAUUGAAAAAGACUUAGAGCACUAUAUUGAACCGCAAGCCAAGCUUUGUGACGUGAUAUCAAAAUGGGAAACGGCACUGCGUGAAAAAGGCUCGGGCAAGUUUGAAAACACUCGAGUCAUUCGACUGAUUUUUAAAAAUAGAUUGUACUUCAAGUCGUUUGUCAAAAAAGAAACCGAUCGCGAAAGAUUGUUGCUUUGCUAUCAAGUAAACCAGCAAGUAGUUCAAGGUCGUUUUCCUCUCACAAAAGAGCUUGCUUUGGAGUUGGCUGCACUUAUGGCUCAGAUUGAUUUUGGUGAAUUCUAUUGUGAUAAAAAUCGUGGAAGUGGCGGCACCACUAAAGACUUACAGGUUCUUCAAGCACUUGAUAAAUUCUAUCCCUAUCGAUACCGUGAUGGAGCGUCCCAAGAAGCAAUCAAACACCUUCAAGUAGGAUUGCAAGAAAAAUGGAUAUCCCUUAAAGGGCGUAAUGUAAUCGAUUGUGUGAGAAUAUACCUGACCUGUACGAGAAAAUGGCCAUAUUUCGGAUGUUUGCUGUUUCAAGCUAAAAUGAAACAUGGAGAAAACACUGUAUUACCAGGCACAGUGUUAUGGCUAGCUGUAUCGGAAGACAGUGUUAGUCUGUUGGAACUGAGGUCGAUGCAACUGAUUGAAACCUAUUUGUAUGGGCAGGUGUUAACUUUCGGAGGUUGUCAGGAUGACUUUAUGUUAGUGAUUGCUUCAGAAUCAGCUAUUAUAGAAUCGCAUAAACUUCUGUUUUCUAUGAGCAAACCAAAGAUUCUUGAAAUUACCUUAUUGAUUGCCGACUACAUGAACGCUCUUGCUCAAAACGGCGUUUCCCUAGCCAACUCCAUAAAUCGAAACAUGCAGCCUGAUAUUCUGAAAGCAACGCCAGACCAUCAGUUACACAGGGCCGAAUCGCAGUGUAAAAAACGUAUCGAGUCAUGAAAAUAAAUAAGUACUUGUUUUAAAUUUAAUUUGUUUACAAAAAUGUGAUUGUUAUCUUAUAAUGAAUUGCUGAUGUAUUCAUGAUGUGUCUUAUUUUGUAUUGGAUGCUAUUCUAUUAUUAUUUUUAACUGUGUUAAACAUAUUUCAGUUAGGACAUAACAAUUUGCAGUCCUUUCUGUUGACUUAUACAUUACAAUUUUAGCAAAUACUUGUUGAAUGAACGCACGAACAUAAAGACUAUGUAGUUAUUUUAUUGUAUUAAUUAAAUUGUAUUUAGCCUGAAGAUGUUACCAUAAGGUUGUAUGGAAUGUAAUUGAUUGUUUUAUAAUAUACUAUUAAUAAUAGCAUUGUAAAUGAAGCGCCGUGGCCAUUUAUAACAGACUGCCAAAAUUAGUGGGACAAUAGUUAACGUCCAAUUUAGUCUGUAUUUAAUACAAUUUUUUAAACCAUUUUUCUUUUGUGUACCUUUUAAGUUAUAUUUGUAUUAUUGUUGUUACAAUAUUUGAAUUUAUACAAACGGAGUCUGAUUAAAAUUGUGUUCAAUUUUUAAUUUGGAGGCCUCCUUAACAUGAUUAUUUUUUUCUUACUAUUUUCUUUUAUAAGUGAACCACUUUUGUUUUUAUUAUUAUUAUUAUUUUUUUUUAUAACUGACGUUCAAAUGUACAAUUAUACCAAAGAAAAUUGUACUUGAUUUUUUUUUUUUUAGUUUUUAAUACAUUUUUUGUGCUUAACAGACUU